GGAGCCGUGACGCCACCGGAGCGGGCGAUGACGGGCGGGUCGAGAUCGCGCAGGCGCCGGGCGGAGGAACGCAGCUUGGUGGCGGGGACAGAGCGCAGUUCCCCGGCAGAGGCAGCGGGCGGCAUGGGCGCGGGCCCGGCGCUGGCAGCGCUGCUGCUGGCCGGCUCGGUGCUGAGCGCCACGCUGCUGGCCCCCGGCCGCCGGGCGGAGCCAGAUCCAGAUGAAAAAAGGAACGUGGAGCUGAAGAUGGAUCAGGCUUUGCUGCUCAUCCACAACGAACUGUUGGGAAUAAGCCUGACUGUAUAUUGGAAAUCUGAAUACUGUUACCAAUGCACCUUCCAGCCUCUGGCGAACGUCUCUCAUGGUGGAAAACCUGCAAAGCCAAGCGUUGCAGCUGUCUCUGUGAGCACCCAGCAUGGGUCCAUCCUGCAGGUUAACUCUACCUUGGAAGAGAGAGCAGGUUGCAGGCUGGAAUACAAAUUUGGAGAAUUUGGAAACUAUUCCCUUUUGGUACAGCCUGCUUCCAGCGGGGCCAGUGAAAUUGACUGUGACGUCGUUGUUAAUGAUAAUCCAGUCGACAGUAACCUUCCUGUGAGCAUCGCCUUCCUUGUUGGCCUAGCCCUCAUCAUCGUAAUAUCCUUCCUGAGGCUCUUGCUGAGUUUAGAUGAUGUCAAUAAUUGGAUUUCUAAGGCAAUAGCUUCUCGAGAAACUGACCGCCUCAUCAAUUCUGAACUAGGAUCCCCCAGCAGAGCAGACCCUCUCUGCGCUGAUUGCCAACCAGAAACACAGCGUACUUCUGCCCUGCCGUACCGUCUCCGAUGCGUGGACACAUUUAGGGGGGUAGCUCUCAUCCUCAUGGUCUUCGUUAAUUACGGUGGAGGAAAGUAUUGGUACUUCAAACAUUCAAGUUGGAAUGGACUGACUGUGGCUGACCUCGUCUUCCCAUGGUUUGUCUUUAUUAUGGGAUCUUCAAUUUUCCUGUCAAUGACUUCUAUCCUACAACGAGGAUGUUCAAAACUCAAACUGCUGGGGAAAAUUGUGUGGAGAAGUUUCCUGCUGAUCUGUAUAGGAAUUAUCGUUGUCAACCCCAAUUACUGCCUUGGUCCAUUGUCUUGGGAUAAGGUCCGGAUCCCUGGUGUCCUGCAGCGGUUGGGAGUGACGUACUUCGUGGUUGCUGUAUUGGAGCUCUCCUUCUCGAAGCCUGUGCCCGACAGCUGUGCCUUGGAAAGAAGCUGCUUCUCUCUCCGAGACAUCACGUCCAGCUGGCCCCAGUGGCUCGUCAUUCUGAUGCUGGAAAGCAUUUGGCUGGCUUUGACAUUCUUUUUACCUGUCCCUGGGUGCCCUACUGGCUACCUUGGCCCUGGCGGUAUAGGGGACUUGGGGAAGUACCCUCAUUGUACUGGAGGGGCAGCUGGCUACAUCGACCGCCUGCUUCUGGGAGACAGUCACCUGUACCAGCACCCGUCCUCCGCUGUGCUGUAUCACACAGAGGUGGCCUAUGACCCAGAAGGAGUCUUAGGGACUAUCAACUCCAUUGUGAUGGCAUUUUUAGGAGUUCAGGCAGGAAAAAUACUGUUGUAUUACAAGGAUCAGACAAAAGCCAUCCUGAUCCGAUUCGCCGCCUGGUGCUGUAUCCUUGGACUUAUUUCUAUUGCUUUGACAAAAAUGUCUGCAAAUGAAGGCUUUAUUCCAAUAAACAAAAAUCUCUGGUCCAUCUCAUAUGUCACCACGCUGAGCUGCUUCGCCUUCUUCAUCCUCCUCAUCCUCUACCCGGUGGUGGAUGUGAAGGGCCUGUGGACGGGAACCCCAUUCUUUUACCCAGGGAUGAACUCCAUUCUGGUGUACGUCGGUCACGAGGUGUUUGAGGACUACUUCCCCUUCCAAUGGAAGCUAGAGGAUGAGCAGUCACACAAAGAGCAUCUCAUUCAGAACAUAGUCGCCACUGCUCUCUGGGUGCUCAUCGCCUACAUUCUCUAUAAAAAGAAGGUUUUUUGGAAAAUCUGACAGCACCCGCUGAAAUACAUUGCUAGCAGACUCCACAGGGCCUGAGAGAAGAGUGGCAGCAACCUUCCUCACAAAGGGGACGUGCUUUCAGAUGCUGUCCAAGCUGGUUUGCCUGGACAUCAGAAACCUGCCUGCAUAUUUUUGACUUAUCUAUUUACAUAUCUGAAAUAUCAUGCUCUCCAUUUUCUAUGAAAUUCAUCUAUUUGGAACGUGCGGACAUCUUAAACUUCUCCGAGGGCAUUUACUCUGGACAUUUUGCCUUCGUGAAGGAGGCUAAGGUUGGUAGACUAUGCUUGACUCACAGGUAGAAUCUUUCCAAGCGUGGAUGGCACCUCAGGUUUGGUCCCUGGCAUCACAAACAAGCAAACAACAAGAAGGACCAAGUCUUGCUUCCUGAAAACUGCCUUCCUAUGUGUAUACGCAUGCCAACAGUAACCGCCAUGGUUUCAUGGUGACAGACUAUAAAGCUUUUUGAAUGGACUGUG